CACAACUGGUAAACGUGGCCUUGUUCCUGCACUUUCCUUAAAUGGAUAUACACAGUCACUCACCGACCGUCACUCACAACACCACUGUGAAGAGGCAGAAAUUCCAAAUUGAAGAAUAAAUUCACCUUCUCUGUAUAUAAAACUCUGCCAUUUUCACUAACCUCCAUUUUCAGCUUACUAUUCGGUUCACUGAAACCCCUGUUUCAAAUACCAAGAAGAAAUGGUGGUUUCUUACGGUGGUUAUGGUGGUGGUGGAUCUUGUUCGCCAUUUUCAUCGACGGCCCAGAUUACACAACCCAAAGAGGCUUCAGAAGAAGCUGUGAAAGUCAAGGAAGAAGAAGAGGCAGUGAAUUUUAAAGGUGGUAGUUUUGAUGGGUCAUCUGCUUCUACAUCUUCCUCCACCGCUUCACCAAAGCUCACAGAGGAAGUGGAGGAACCAAACAAGGCCGUGGAAUUAGCGAAACCAGAGGUGGUCCAAAUCAAAGCAGAGAGCAUAGAGUUUGUGGUGGAUGAUUAUGAUGGUAGAGAUUGCUUCAAUUGUGUUAGUGGUAGUAAUAUUAAUGGAUCAUAUUCUUCUUCUUCUUCAAAGGUGUUGCCCAAGCCCAUGGAGUGUUUGCUCGAAACAGGGCCGCCACCUUUUCUCAACAAGACAUUUCAGAUGGUGGACGACCCGGAAACCGACCUGAUUGUGUCGUGGAGCGAAGCUCGCCAAAGCUUCAUUGUUUGGGACUGCCAUGAGUUCUCCAAGACCCUAUUGCCUAUGUACUUCAAGCACAGCAAUUUCUCAAGCUUCAUUCGCCAGCUCAACACUUAUGGAUUCAAGAAGGUUGAUCCGGAUAGGUGGGAGUUUGUAAAUGAAGGGUUUCAAGGAGGGAAGAAGCACUUGCUGAAAAGCAUCAAGAGAAGAAGCAGAUACAACAAGCAGCCACAAGGAAGCAAUAUCUCAGCUAAUUCAACCAAAAAAGCCGGGUUAGAAGUCCAACUCGAAACGCUGAAGAAGGAUCAAGACGUACUGAAACUCGAAAUCUUGAAUCUCAAACAGCAACAGAAGUACUCGCAGCAUCAGCUGACUGCUGUCGAAGAGAGGAUUCGAAAUUCUGAGUGUAAGCAGCAGAGGAUGCUGCUUUUCCUCACCAAGACAACAAGGAAACCCAAUUUUGUGGAGCAGCUAAUGCAGAAAAGAGCGUUGAAGAGAGAGCUCGAGGGGGGCGAUUUAGGAAAGAGAAGGAGGUUACUUUCAGCCCAAGGUUUUGAAGAUUUUGGUGAUUGUGGAGACCAAGUUCAAGUCUUGGCUGGGCAAUUGCCGGAAGUAGUGGUUCCUCAACAGCAAGAAACCCCAUUGCCAGCUUCCGUGGUUGAUAAAUCAUGUAGUUCGCUUCAAAAUAAUAAGCCACAGGCAGAAGUGCACUUUGUUUACCAUGAUAUGUCCGACAAAUUGCUCCAAGAGAAUUCAGUUUUUGAUGAUGAAUAUGCAGUCAAUGACUCAAACUUUUACCAGGAAUUGGAGGAUUUAAUUACCGGGCCACACGACUUUGAUGAUUUGGUUGUCAAGCCACGUGAUUGGAGUGGAUAUGUUAGUAACUGCUUGGUUGAACAAGCUGGUUGUGUUGGAUCAAUGCCUUGAUUUCGCAGUUGUGAAGAUCUGAGAAUGGAGAUACAAACCAUUGAAGAUUCCGGGUUGAUAACUCCUUAACCUUAGAGCUAUGGAGUCUUUUGUAGUUGCACAUACUUCUGUUUACUUUAAUUCCCCUGUUUUUGCAAUUUAUGUCUGUAUAUUCGCCUUGGGGCCUGGAUUGUAAAAAUCCAUCUCCUGAGGUCUCAGCUUGACAUAUAUAAUGUAAAUUAUGACAUAUUUCGCUUCAGCGU